AUGGCGGAUAAGGUUGAGUGGAUCAACAAGCUAAGAAAUGUGGCACAUGUUAAAGGAGGUCAAGCCACUGGGGAACCUAGUUUUCCCAUGCGGCAAAGUCUUUCUGAUGGUUCUCUUGAUACAAUGGCCAGAAAACCUGCAGAUCCAGAAGAGGAGCUCAGAUGGAUGUCUCAAGAAGUGCGUGGUUAUGUUGAAGCUGUUCUUAACAGCCUUGCUGCUAAUGUCCCAAAAGCAGUUGUUCUUUGCCAAGUAGAGAAAGCCAAAGAAGACAUGCUCAACCAGUUAUACAGUUCCAUUAGUGCCCAAAGCUCUGCAAAACUUGAGGAGCUACUGCAGGAAGACCACAAUUCCAAGAACAAAAGGGAGCGAGUUCAGAAACAGUCUUCCCUUCUUUCAAAACUCACUAGGCAGCUUGGUGUCCAUGACAAUAGAGCGGCUGCAGCAUCCAAUUGGUCCGAUAGAGGGAGUGCUGCAGAAAGCAGCCCAAGAAGCUCUGGACCAUCUUCAGGUGAUGAUUGGAGGUCUGCCUUUGAUGCUGCUGCCAAUGGUCCAAGCGACUUGUCAUCUAGGUAUGGUUCCGGUGGUCAUAGUAGACGUUACAGUGACCCAUCCCAAAAUGGUGAUGUGAACUCAGCCUCAAAUUCUAGCAGUCGUCGGACGCCAACUCGGUUGCCUCCUGCUCCUCCGCAAUCUGCAGCAUCUGAAUCUGAUGCGUGGUGGAUUCGCCGCUGA